AUUUUUUAUCAAGCAUUUGAAUAAAAUUUGUUUACAAAUGGUUAUGUGAUUAUGUCAAGAACCAAGGGCUUGAUCAAAUAAAUUGAGCAACAUAUUCUUUUGUUGAUGAUAAUCCUCUCAAAUUCUAUAUUAGGCGUAUCAAUGGCAUCACUGACGGAACUUUCUUUCCACUGGACUGGUUUCAUUAGUGCGAUGAUUUCAAAUAUUGCAUUCACUUACAGGAGUAUCUAUUCAAAGAAGCAAUGUAAUGGUGUUGAACACUUGACACGCGUAAGACUUAAAAGAGUACAGGAUUUGUGUCCAAUGUGCCUAGUUGGACAUGCACCCAGUAUCUCUUGCUUAGUCUAUUAGGUAAGUUUUAUAACACUAAACUUUACUGACUAAUAUCUUUUUAUAUUGUGAGUGACAAUGUUAAUAUCAAUUUGGUAUAAAUAUAAAAUUGUGGAAAGGUUCUUUCUUUGAAUAAUGGUUAAUAAGAUUGUGACAGGAUACUUCUCUUACUCUUCCCUAAACCAAAGCAUACAUGAUUAGUCAAAACUGUAAGCUUAUAUAGACUAACAACACUAACUAAUAUAAGCAUGGAUCAAGUUCAUAAUCCUAUGUUGAACAAACUUUUAACUUCAAGAAGUGCUUGUGGUAACUUAUUUUCAAAUCUCUAAUUUAGCAUCUCAGGCCAUGUCAGGUUCUAUAACAAACCUAAUAUUCAGUCAUAAUCCUAUGUUCUCUAUAUACAGUGUGCCUGCAAGUUUGUGUGUGUAGGCUAGACCUUAGUACACGGAGAUAAAAUAAAGGACAAUUAAAUUAACAGUGAUGGUGUACUCUAUAUGUGACUAAUUGGUUUUAAAUCAAAAUUAAAAUAUAGGAUAUAUACAUGGGGUUGAUGAUUGAUCUAUGCCAUAAGUUUGAUCCAAAUAAAAAAUGAAAAUAGUGUGAUAAGAGUGUAAGCUAUCUUCUUUGAUGAUAUCAAUGCACAUGAAAACAUUUUGAACUUCCAUGAAGUACAUAACUUUCUCCCAAUUUUUGAGGUCUUCUAUGAUGGUUGUUUGUCUCUUCUUCAGUGAUCUUGGAAAUGCAG